AUGAUUGUCCCAAGGAAUUCCGAGUUUGUUCACUGUCCUGAGGGCACCGAGGUUUCAUUUGCCGAGCGCGACAAGUUUUCCUCCCAGGCCUGGGUCAUCGUCGAGAAGCUCAAUGAGACUCUGGAAUCUGAGCGCAGCAGGCUGCUGCAAGAGGCGUCUGGCUACCUGACAGACCACCAAGUGACAUUAGAUGGUACUCCAGCGUGGAUGUACCGCCGGGGAUACCAGGUGUGCCGGUGCGGGAGAGGAAAUGCGGGUUUAAAUCGUCAGUCAGGGGAAGAGACGACCGAAGCGCGAAGAGCUCAACCCGGUGAGCAUAUCGAUCUGACGGCACUCCAGAUUAUGAACAAGCUGGCAUACCAUGCAGUGCCAAAGCUUCAUCGCUACAAGGAACUCAAGACCAAAGUGGUAUUGCUCCGCGCAGUUACGUUAUUCAUCUCGUCUAGGAUAAAUUCCCCGGCGACCUUCUAG